AUGUUUGCAUUCCCGACUGGUGCCGACCUUCUGGACUUCGAAGAGGCCAGAGAGCCUCCAUCAGCAUCGACGUACUUUGAGGACUGCAGCGCGAGGCAAGUUGCGACGCGGCGUUGGACGCGACGAGGCGGUGCCGAAGAGCAUCCUUCCACCAGUCAGGCGGCUGGGCUUGCCAGAAAUGAGCCUGAGCCUGUCCUUUCAGCGGGGCGUUCGUGGAUGGAGGUAGUAAAAGACAAUGCUGCAGUUGAAUGGCUGAAAGCGUUUAUGAGCAAGUACAGGACGCUGGAACUGCCUUCUCCGCCACACCAAGCAGGAUUCUCUUCCAGUGCCCGCGUCCGAGACCUCUUGUUUCCGGAGGAGAACGUGGGCGAAAGCCUGCAAAGGUUCAUGUCCUGCCUUGAGAAGCGAUGGGAGGAGACACAAGGCACCGAAAAGGCGGCGGCGAUGCCUGUGCAGGGACUCCGUGACCUUCCCAGGCCAUCUUCACAGCCGCCUGAGGAAAGUCGUGGAAUAUCGUCCGUGCGCACAUCGCAGAAGAAGAUUCGCUGCCGCAGUGCUGGCGGCGAGGAUGCCCCGACUGAAGAGAUUGCAGCAGCUGUUGCUCGGGCGCGACGGCGAGCUCUAGAGCAGAGACGCCGGCAGGCCCAGACCGAGGAGGCGGAGGCCCGAGCCUGGCGACGAGAGCGCUACGGCAAGCGGGACGAGCGCCUUGCUCGCUUCAUCUUGGAGGAGCAGAAGGUCAAGUCGGCGAAGCCAGAUGCAAGAGCUGCGAAGAAGGUGCGAGAGUAA